UUCUAGAAGGAGCACAUCAUGGGUGUCCAGGGUUUAACCAGGUUCAUAGAUGAUCAUGGAGCGAUUUUAACAGAUUAUCACUUCAGAAACAGCAAGCUGGUCAUAGAUGGUUCUAAUCUUUACCACUCUCUUUAUUUUAACUCGUGUUUGGAUCAGAAGCAUGGAGGGGAUUAUGAUGAUUUUGAGGACCAGGUCUGCAAGUUCUUUAAGGCUCUGAGAGAUUGUGGCAUUGAACCUUAUGUGAUUAUAGAUGGAGGCUCUGACUUUUCCGAUAAAAAGUUUGAAACUCUCCUCCACCGAGUUCAAUCAACGCUCAACACAGCCAACAACUUGUCCAAGGGGCUUCAGGGGGACGGAAUAAUACCAACCCUCGUCAAACAAGUCUUCAAACAGGUCCUCUCCAGCCUGAAGGUGCCAUUCGCACAGUGCAUCUUUGAAGCAGACCAAGAAAUAGCCUCCUUGGCUGAAAGGUGGAACUGUCCGGUCCUGUCCUAUGACAGUGACUUUUAUAUUUUUGACAUCCAGGCAGGAUAUCUGCCCAUCUCCCAUUUUAAGUGGCAGAACGCAUCGACGCAACGCUGGAGUUCUCAAAAUUACAUCCCCUGCAAACGGUACACCACAACAAGCUUCUGCAGACACUUCAAGAUCAACAGACAGCUUCUCCCAGUCUUCGCUGCCAUCACAGGAAACGACUAUGUCAACUUGGAUAAGAUGGGCUUUCCCAUUAGGUGGGAAGACAAGCUGCCGAUGGAACCCAAUCGAAGGCCAAGGGUUGUCUUUUUCAACAAGUUGCUGAAAUGGCUGGCCAGUUUCCAGGAGCAGCAGGAGGCCUUGGACAAUGUGCCCAGACUCAUCGUUUCUAGGAACAACCAACACAACAUGGAUGCUGCCCUCCAGGCCCUCUCUCGGGGCAUAAAAGUGUACCAGCUUCAACCCGGUUGCCUGGAGCAGUUCUUCAUUAAAGACAAGGCUCCUGAUCCCGGCCAUCUCCCAGACCAUCUGAGUGUCCUUCCAGACUGGACCCUGCUGCCGUUGAUGAAGGGGACACUUCCGUCCACCAUAAUAUACAUUCUGCAGCUGAGGCCAGUGAUUCAAGGUGUCCAAGUGGAAGAUCCCAGCUUACCCAGUGGGAACAACACCUCUCGGCCCAUACGGCAGGUAGUCUUCGGGCUGCUGCUGGGUGAGAGCAGGGAAGUGAAGGAGUAUGACAGGGAAGGCAUGAACCUGACCAGCAGCAUGGUUAAAGCCAUCUUGCCCAGAGCUGCACAACAAAUGCAGCUAGACAUGCUGAAUCAGGCUCCACAUUCAGUGCGGCUUGAGAUGUUUUUGGAAACCCUUGGUGUGUCCCAGUCCACUUUGAAUGGUAUCCCACCUCAUCUGCGACUUCCUGUGGCUGUUACCUACUACUGGCUGAGGCACGCCCAUCUCCGACCAGACCAUCCUUUCCUGCAGGCCCUGCUACUAGGACUGGUGUAUGGAGAGCUCUGCAGACAGAGGAAGAGCCAGAGAGGGUUCAUAGAGGAGGGACCUGUGUUGGAGAGGCUGAGAGGGCUGAUUCAGAGAGGUGCUAGGAGUCUGGACCUGGCUGUGGCCCACGCCUAUAGCCAAUGGCAGCGCUGCAUGAGGGAUGGCCUUGACCUGAACCAACUGCUGUGCUUCCCUCUACCUGAGCCUCAGAUUGCAUGGCUGUACAGGGGUACUCUGGUGCACCAGCUUGUGGGCCAACUGAGAGGGGUGGUGACCCCAGAUUCUCUCCUGAUGGAAGACCCUUCCUCUGGGCAGCUGUAUAGAGCCAUGCUGGAAGCCAUUCUCAACUCCCAGGAAACUGAGACUACUGGACAACAGUACGGCCCCUCUGCAGAUUCUGGUGCUGGAGGAAGAAGAGGAUGAUGAUGAUGAUGAUGAUGAUGGAGUAGGUUGUAAUGAAGUCCCAAUGUCCUGCCACAAAAGGAAUGAAAGAUUUAACAAAGCUCUGUUGAGUUAUAGAUAUAGGGACCACUAUAUAGGGACCACUAAACACCUGUUGAGUUAUAGAUAUAGGGACCGCUAUAUAGGGACCACUAUAUAGGGACCACUAAACACCUGUUGAGUUAUAGAUAUAGGGACCGCUAUAUAGGGAACGCUAUAAAGGGACCACUAUAUAGGGACCGCUAUAUAGGGACCACUAAACACCUGUUGAGUUAUAGAUAUAGGGACCGCUAUAUAGGGAACGCUAUAAAGGGACCACUAUAUAGGGACCGCUAUAUAGGGACCACUAAACACCUGUUGAGUUAUAGAUAUGUUUUCUGUGACAGUUUAGUGACAGAGGGCGUAGGUAGGAAGGCCCCACUUGCAUACACUCAUACCCAUGAAGAAGUUUCACUUUCAUUGACAUUGAUUUAAAGAAACUAAGAAAAGGGAGAAUAAAUUCAUUGUGACUGAGGUUUAUUGAAAUGAUAAUUAAAUGUUAAAUAUGUUAAAGCUUGAAAACAUUGGGAAAUAUUAAAGGGGGAUUAAAGUAGUGUAGUAAAAUGGUUAAGAAUGCUAUAGUGUUUGCUUUAAGGUGUGAUGCAUAUAGACUAUGUUAGGCUUAGAGGAGGAGGUUGAUAAAUGUAAAAGUGUUGGAGUGUUUAAAAUGUUUUAUGUUUAAUAUAUAAUGGGAGUAAUACGUUAGGCUGGAGUAGGAUUAGAACUGAGUGGAAUAAGAAACCUUCAUGUUUUAUAAAUGUAUGUUUUAAUAGUGACUGAUAAUGGAGUAUACUAAGGCUAGCUGGAAUUGGAAAUCCCAGGUCAGAACAGCCAGGCAGGAGACAGACGUCCUAUUGACGGGCAUGUUGUGCUCAGGUGAGGAAAAGGUGGGGGUUAGUUGGUGCUGACAAAACACCUUUUGAGUGAUGGCCGCAUUCGGUGUCAUUGGAGCAAGAAUUAGCCACAGUGAGUUAGCAGAAAGGAAGACUGAGGGUAUAAAGGAAGGGUACCACCUCUCUUUGAGCUAGCUAGAAGAACCUGUCGACUGCUGGAACAAGAUUUUUGCUUUCGCUUUUUAGCUUGAGAUACAAUUAGGUUUUUAUUAUACUUAUAUUUAGGUUGCUGGAAGAAACAUUUUGCUGUAGCUUUUUAGCUCCUUAUCUAGAUAUUUAUUAUACUUAUAUUUAGAUUUUUACUACACAAGUAACAUUUUAUUGGCACAUCCCACUAAGGGUUUAGUUAAGGGCGCUGGAGGCAUCUAUAAAGUUAAUUCAUGGUUGAUUUGAACUUAUCAUUGAUUUGUGAUAUUGAUUUGUGAUUGGUUGAUUGAUCUGGGAUUUUUUUAUGUCUGUUUCUGGAACUUUGAAUAAACUAGCUUUAUUGUU